AUGACUUCGAAGAAACUCAGCGACUCCGCCGUCAUUGUUAUCGUCAUCGUGUGCUGCCUGGCCUUCAUCUCCCUGGGCGCAGCACUGACUCGUCAAUUAUUCCCGCCCAGCGAAUCGGGGACGCGAUACGAGCCGACGCGAGACCAGGAGAUGUAUAUGCGAACGGUGCGCCAGCGCAAUCGGUAUGACUUUCAUAGGCAGUCGUUGGUGACGAAGGAUUUAGAGUCGAAUUAUACUGCGGAAGAGUCGUCGAGGAUGUGA